AUGAAACUGGUGUUAAAUGAAGAUGAAGAAUCAGUGGAUCCUACAUUGUUCAAGCAAAUUGUAGGUUCACUGAGGUAUCUAUGCAAUAGUAGGCUUGAUAUUGCAUAUGCAGUUGGUAUAAUCAGUAGAUUCAUGAGUGAACCAAGAGUAUCUCACCUGCUAGCAGCCAAAAGGGUGAUGAGAUACAUCAAAGGAACACUACAGUAUGGUAUUCUAUUUCCUAAAUGUUUGAAUGAUAGUUCUAUGGAACUGAUGGCAUAUUCUGAUGCUGAUUGGUGUGGAGACAAGCAGGAUAGAAAGAGCACUUCAGGGUACCUAUUUAAGUUCUUAAAUGCUCCAAUUUCAUGGUGUGCUAAGAAACAACCAGUUGUAGCAUUGUCAACCUGUGAAUCUGAGUAUAUUGCAGGAUGUAUGACAGCAUGUCAGGCAGUAUGA